AAUUCAAAUGUUAAUCGGAAUAAAACUGAGUUAGCCAAUGAAAAAACGAUAGAAAUGAAAAGGACCAGUCAAUUAGAGAGUUCCACUUGGAAAAAUUUUCAAACGGAACGAGUCUCACCCUCACAGCAUCGUCAGAGAAGAAUAUGUACAGUUUCAUAGUUCUAACCUUGGUUCUUUUGGCGCCGUCGUCGUCGGCGUCGGAGUGCGGCGGAGGAGAGACGGCGGAUGCGAUGUGUCCGAGAGGCAUUUGCGGCGGCGGAUCGGGGCUGUGCGGAUCUGGAUUUGCGAGGCGAUGUGGUUCAGAUCUGACAUUUGCGAGCCCUAGCGCCGAGAUCGGGAGCGUAAUCAGCGCCUCGGUUUUCGAGCAGAUGCUGAAAUAUCGAAACGAUUUGAGGUGCGAGAGCCAUGGAUUUUAUAGCUACARAGCAUUUGUGGCUGCUGCGGCGUCGUUCGACGGCUUCGGCACCACCGGAAAUCUCAUCGCCAGGAAGAGGGAGCUCGCCGCUUUCCUCGCUCAAACUUCUCACGAGACCACAGGAGGAUGGGCAAGUGCACCAGAUGGACCAUAUGCUUGGGGGUAUUGCUAUGUUAAUUCKACCAAUAAAGAUUCCUCAUGUAGUCCUUCCCAAAAUUGGCCUUGUGCAUCUGGCAAGAAAUAUUAUGGCCGAGGUCCCUUCCAAAUCACCUUUAACUUCAACUAUGGGGCUGCUGGUAGAGCAAUUGGGGUGGAUUUGCUAAACAAUCCCGAUCUUGUGGCGACCGAUGCAACCAUAUCAUUCAAGACUGCCUUAUGGUUUUGGAUGACUCCACAAGGAAACAAACCGUCAUGUCAUGAUAUUAUGACAGGUAAAUGGAUACCAUCUGAUCAAGAUAUAUCUGCUAAAAGAUUACCUGGUUAUGGUCUAACCAUCAACUUAAUAAGCGGUUUUAAAGAAUGUAAUAAAGACACCGACGCUCGAGCAGYUGAUAGACUUGGUUUCUACCAAAGGUAUUGUGACAUAUUGGGUAUUGGAUAUGGAAACAACUUGAAUUGUGACGAUCAAAAGCCAUUUUCCUUAUGAACAAGGAUGCCAUUUUAUUUUACAAGUUAAAAACUUGUAAGAAAAGGUUAUAACUAUUUUAUUCAAUUAUAGUUUAUUUUGUAUAGUUUUUAUGAACUAAU